AUGAAUUUGGAUCAAGCCUCUAAGGACAAGGCCCUGCAGAACAUGGCCGCCCUGUCGUCGGCCCAGAUCGUCUCCCCGAACCUCAUCAAGAGCCACCUGCCCCCGCUGCCCCCAGCACCCUACCCCAACCCAGCCAGGUUCUGGCCUUCAUCAAUCCCAGGGCAGCCUGGACCUUCUCAGGAUCUGGUUCUAGAUCUCAACCACGGGAGGCAUCUGGGCCUUGGUCGCAACAGCCACGCUCUCAAACCUUUUCCACAGUCUCCCUACUCCAACCCGGGCCCUUUACCCCCACCCAUAUCAAACUACGAGCCCCUCGCCCCCCCGCCGCCCCCUGCGGCCACGGCCGUGCCCGUGUGGCAGGACCGAACCAUCGCCUCCUCCAAGCUGCGCAUGCUGGAGUACUCGGCCUUCAUGGAGGUCCAGAGGGACCCCGACAACUACAGCAAACACCUGUUUGUUCACAUCGGCCAGACCAACCCGUCGUACAGCGACCCCCUACUGGAGGCGGUGGACAUCCGGCAGAUCUACGACAAGUUCCCCGAGAAGAAGGGCGGCCUGAAGGAGCUGUACGAGAAGGGCCCGCAGAACGCCUUCUUCCUCGUCAAGUUCUGGGCGGACCUGAACAGCAGUGGCAUGCAGGACGGGCCCGGGUCGUUCUACGGCGUCAGCAGUCAGUACGGCAGCGCUGAGAACAUGACCAUCACCGUGUCGACCAAGGUCUGCUCCUUCGGCAAGCAGGUGGUGGAGAAAGUCGAGACGGAGUACGCGCGUAUGGAAGGGGGGAAGUGUGUGUACAGGAUCCAUCGCUCGCCCAUGUGCGAGUAUAUGAUCAACUUCAUCCACAAGCUCAAGCACCUGCCGGAGAAGUACAUGAUGAACAGCGUACUGGAGAACUUCACUAUUCUACAGGUGGUGACGAACCGGGACACUCAGGAGACGUUGCUGUGCAUAGCGUUUGUGUUUGAGGUGUCCACCAGUGAACACGGAGCCCAGUACCACGUCUACAGACUAGUCAAAGACUAACCCCCCCCCUCUUGUGAAGAGACCCCCAAAGUGUGACACAAACUCCCCCUCCGACGGCUCAGCCACCCAGGAAGCACCCAGACUCUCUUGUGUCGGACCUACAUCCAAACGUUUUUUUCCUCUUCUUCUACCAAAAAAAAAACUCCAACUAGAAAAUGUGGCGAUGGGUGCGGAGAAGGCAUUCUCAGCCAGGAGCAGCAUCAGCAAAAAAAUAUAUUUUAAAGAAUUGAGUUUUUAACGGUCAGCUAUAUAUAUUUUUUUGUUUUGAGACACAAACAGAUGAAGUACCUUAUCAACUAUGCAACGACAGCAGAUGGACACCAAAAUGUUUUUAAUCGAGGGAAUGAGGAAGUGUUGGGGUUUGCAAUGAUUCUUAUAGCAAUCAAGGGAAAACGCUAAGCAAUAAGAGUACGAAUGACGACGUCACAGAGCAAAGAGCAAAGCACCACAGAAGAAGAAACGUGUUUUUGUUGUUGUUGUCGUUGUGGUUGUUGGCGAUCCUACCAACAAUCAAAGACAGGACAAUAAGUGCCUUUUUUUCUCCAAAGAUUACAUCCUGACUCGCCACUUUGGAGCAUUUUUUAAUACUACCUCUUGUUUUUUUUGUAAGUAAACAGAAACAAGCCAGAUACAAGUAUAUUCUGUCAUUGAAAAAGAGGAUCCAUCGCCGUGCGUCGUUCUCAUAGACCCGCCACAGAGCUGUCGAGACCCCGGUCUCCCGGGCUCACACGGGGAAGAAAUUGAGUAUUUGUAUUUUUAUUUUUCCUUUGUGUGAGUUGUUUUACAAAAAUACAAUGAUGGAGUUAUACAGUCCAAAUGUACAUAAAAAGAAGAUUGAUUGUGUUGCCAAUUUCGCCAUAUCAUGUAGCCUUUCGUCUCAUCCUGUUUUGUUACACAGUAGAUAAUCAGGUCGUGCCAUAUUUAACUGGUGUAUUACAGUUUGGAAACGUCGUUCUAUUUGCUAGCCGUACUAUAAACCAUCCUUCCAUGCUCUUCCCCUGUGUUUAAAGGGCUGUUUUACAACCCGGUGCGAGACUUGCAAUCCAUUACAAGCCAUUUUCAAAACAGACCCUUUAGUGAUGUCACAAGUGGGAGUAUCCACCCAGAUGCAUGCUGGUAUGUUGACUAGAUCAGCCUACCAGUUACAGACCCUUUAGUGACGUCACAAGUGGGAGUAUCCACCCAGAUGCAUGCUGGUAUGUCGACUAGAUCAGCCUACCAGUUACAGACCCUUUAGUGACGUCACAAGUGGGAGUACUAUCCACCCAGAUGCAUGCUGGUAUAUUGACUAGAUCAGUUGGUUCGGUCCAACGGACAGGCUGAUCGUUUAUCUCCCAUCAUGCAUCGGGGGGGAGUGGCUUGUAAAGGGGAGUCAACGCCACAACCGGUGGCAAAAUAGGGCCCCUUUAACGACCCAUCAUGGAACGGUGGCUGGACAACAGACAACGAGCGUCAUGAUCUGCCUUAUGACUUAUGUAGCCUAACUAAGAUUGUUUCUGUACUGUGAUGUGUGUCCACGGAUGCUAAAGGAAUACGUUGUUACAUAGGAGUAUUUCGUGGGGACUUACAUUCACGUUUUGUGAUUAACUUAAACACAGCACGGAGACAUCGUCCGCUCGAUGUGAUGAAAUACUAAACAGACAAACAAACGAAUAACGAAUAGUGUGUGGCUUGAGUGCCACAUACCGAGCCUUGAGGGACAAAAACCUUUUUAUUUUUUACUAACAUCUUUAUACAAGUGCUUAAUUUCAACGUGGGCGUAUUCGAGACGGAGAUAGUGUCUCUGUGCUGUGGCGUGUGACCAUUGAUUGUUAUUUAUAUAGGGGUUGGAAACGUGUGGUUACUGGUGAUGUAUUUGUACUCUUCUGCAGAUGUUAAAAGAAUCACAGAGCUGAUACCAAGGACAAAGGGCGGCCUCACUAGACACGCCAUGAUGUCUGGAGUGGGUGUGCUUGAAUCUAUAUUUACUCUAGAUAUUUAUUUAUCUAUAUAUAGACAUACACUGUCUUUAUAUAGAUGUAUAUAUAUAUAAAGUAUUUUAAAAAACUUCAAUUUGACUUUCCGUGACGUACCGGUGUUUCAGAAGCAUUACACAAUAGCACUCUUAUCAGUUUUCUAAAUGUUUCUUUUAUACAGACAAUUUUUUAUCAAAAUUAAUGUUUUUUUUGUUUUUCUGACUCCUGUUUUCUCUUGGACUUUCAGCGGUCGCCAUAUGCACCACUGAGAAUAACGUGUGAUCGUGUGGAUGUUGAUAAAGAAUGAGGAGCUCUCUAAUGUAUCCUGUUCAGAAGGGUGUAGGCAGUUUGUUUUUCUCGUUUGUUAAAUGGUGGUUUACUAUUGUUUCGGUUAUACCAUUGUGCAUUGCAAUUUUAUAUUUUCUGUUAUCUUCUAAAUAGGGAUUGUAAUCAAACAAAAUGUAUCUAACAAUAAAAGACGCAUUUGGGGCCAUUUGCCCCAGAAUACAUAAUAAAUGUGUUUUAAAAUUUGUUUUGUCCACUUUAUUUUCUGGAUCACUCUACCUCAACCUUUUCUAUGUAUUCUAGAGCAGACAUGCUAAUAAUAUUUACUGUAUUAUUGAAUAUAUGAAUAGCAGAAGCUCACCAAACUCCUAAUCAAGUUUUGGGCUAUGCACACAAUUUAUAUCUAAGGUCAAUAAGAUAUUAUCUCAAGACAGAGCUGUCUUGAGGAAAAGAGGGAUAGGGUCUGCUUUGGCGUGUGACCAUUGAUUGUUAUUUAUAGUGAGGUUGGUAACGUUGGUAACUGGGGAUGUGUUUGUUAUGUUGUGCAGAUGGU